UUGUCCUAGCUAAUAGUUAACCUAAUCUGUAAGGGAAACACUUCUCUGAUUAUAGCCUGUGGUUUUUCCCUCCCUCCUUUCUUUGCUGGUGGAGUUUAUUCUAGACUUGUCUUUUUUUCUUCAAUUAAGCAGGUUUGCCAAAGCUGAAGAGAUGGCAUCUACAGGCCUGCAGAUUCUUGGGAUGACACUGUCCCUCAUUGGCUGGGUUGGCUGCAUCAUCACAUGUGCCCUGCCAAUGUGGAGAGUCACUGCCUUCAUUGGUCAGAACAUUGUGACAGCACAGGUCAUAUGGGAGGGUCUCUGGAUGAGCUGCAUUGUGCAGAGCACUGGACAGAUGCAAUGCAAGGUCUACGACUCCAUGCUGGCACUGGCUCAGGAUUUGCAGGCAGCUAGGGCUUUGACUGUCAUUGGCAUUCUUGUGGCUGUUAUGGCUAUCCUUAUUGGCAUCGUGGGAGCUAAGUGCACAAACUGUGUGGAGGAAGCAUCCACCAAGGCUCGCAUCACUCUGGUGUCUGGAGUAAUAUUUAUAAUUUCUGGCGUUCUGACCUUCAUUCCAGUCUGCUGGACUGCAAACACUAUAGUUAGAGAUUUCUACAAUCCCCUAGUGACAGAAGCACAGAAGCGUGAACUGGGGGCCUCCCUCUACAUUGGUUGGGCAGGAGCAGGAUUGCUGUUACUGGGGGGUGCCUUACUGUGUUGCACCUGCCCUUCAAAGAGAAAUGAGUAUUCUGCAAGGUACACUGCAGGCCAACCACAAAGUAACUACACCACCAAGAACUAUGUUUAGAUAACUAGCAGCAUGAACUCUGCAAAAGAUGACACUGAUAGUAAUGUUCUUUAUGCUAAACUUUUUUACUUGUAUUUACCUGAAUUUGAGUACUUGUUUUUUUAAGGAUGAAAUAAAGAAUUUCUUUUA